CCCUGACUUUCGGACUGUCAGUCAUGUCGGCAAUCGAAGUGUGUGUUGGAAAAAAAUAAAUAAUUUAAAGUCGGGAAUAUGAGCAAAUUUGGUCCAUUUUUACAUCUUUUUACGUACAAUGUGACGCAGUAGUGUUCAGAAUAAACAAGAAACGGGGUGUAAAAGUGUUUUUAGCCGUGAUAUUAAGCUUGGGGCUCCGUCUAACCUCAAUUCGGAUGAUUAUCAGAUUUUUUUCAAUGGAGGAAAAUCUUUUUUUUAUUUAUUGACCGGUUUUCCGAGUGAGUUUCUGUAGUGUAGUUUCUUGCGUAUUGACUACGUAGAAAGGCCAGAAUCUGCAAAUCUUUUGGAUAUUGCAUGAAAGAGUGAAAAGAAAUUGAGGGUGAAAGAAAAUGGAUCAAUCAUCGCCACAAUUUAUGGUCUUUCAAGCACUUCAGUGUGCUUGCAGUCAGAAUUCUGAAUUGCUGAAACCAGCUGAGCAGAAGCUGAUUGAAUGGGAAGUUGAACCAGGAUUCUACAGUAUCCUCCUGCGGAUCUUCACGGAUCACACGGUGGAUGUUAGUGUUCGUUGGAUGGCUGCUGUAUGUUUCAAGAAUGGCGUGAAUAAAUAUUGGCGGAAGCAUGCUCCUAAUGAGAUCAAAGCUGAGGAAAAAGAGACAAUUAAGACAGCUUUGAUAAGCUCAUUUAAUGAACCUGUGCCUCAGGUUGCUGUUCAAGUUGCCGUUAUCAUUUCUAAGAUCGCACGACUCGAUUGUCCACAGAAUUGGCCAGAACUGAUUCCAACUCUGCUGGAAGCUGUUCGGGUGGACAAUCAGCUGCAGCAGCACCGGGCACUUCUUGUGCUUCAUCAUGUAAUCAAAGCCCUAUCGACAAAACGCCUUCGAAAUGAUCGGCAGAUGUUUGAGGACCUCACGGAGAAUGUCUAUUCGUUUAUCUUGAACCUGUGGGAUGGAUUCAUUUCACUGUACUUCCAAAGUAUCCAUGAGCAAACAGCUUCAGUCGGUGUCAGUGUAUCGUACAUCGAGAAGGCCCUCCUGACACUCAAAAUGCUACGCAAAUUGACCAUUUAUGGUUUCAGUCAGCCGUACAAAUCCGAACACUGUAUGAUGUUCAUAAAGACGGUAUUUCAGCGACUGGAGGAAUCACUGGAGGCUCGGAUGCGCCUGAAGAUGCAGGCUGAAUUGCAGAAUCUGUUGGAGUUGACGGAGAAAUUUAUUCUGAAGCAGAUGAAAAUUCUCAAUGAAUUUCUAGAGCAACAUCCAGCAUCGUGCAUUGAUUUUGUUCCCACAAUUCUCGAGUUUUCCUUCAAUUAUGUCUUCAACGAAGGCACCAGCAAGAUUUUCGAGGGUAAUGUGGUCCAAUUCACAAAUUUUGCCAUACACUGCAUCAAUCUUAUGAAGAGAAUACUGUCCACCGUGAAGUACCAUAUACCAGCCAAUAAGUCAGACAAUGUUGAUUUUACAAAGGCCAAGAAGGCCAAAAUGGACUUUUUCACACCAGAACGCAUUAGCUACAUUUGCGAAAAGAUCAUCACUCAUUACUUUAUUCUCACCCAAAGUGAAUUGAAUUCGUGGGAUGAGGAUCCCGAGGCAUAUGCUUCCGAUGAAGGUGGAGAUUCAUGGAAGUAUGAACUGAAACCCUGCACAGAGACAUUCUUCCUCACACUGUUUAAAAAUUUCCGGGAACAUAUGAACCCAGAGAUGGUGAAAUACAUCCAGAAGGCCCAAAUGACCAUCUUGACUGAAGAUUCUGAUCUUAAGGAUAUUCUCCUAAAAGAUGCCAUCUACAAUGCUGCUGGACUUGUGGCAUUUGAUCUCUUUGAUGAAGUGGACUUAGAUCAAUGGUUCACAUCUCAAUUGCUAAAUGAACUGAAGAUCAAGAAUAAUAAUUUUCGGAUCAUAAGAAAACGAGUGAUUUGGCUCAUUGGGCAGCUGACUGGAGUGAAGUUUUAUCCAGCACUCAGACCACAAGUCUAUGCAGCAUGCCUGGAACUGCUAAAACCAGAGGAGGAUAUCUCUAUUCGGCUUACAGCGUCAAAAACCCUCAUGACGACCAUGGAUGAUUUCGAUUUUGAUCCUGAAACAUUUGUCCAGUUUCUCGAACCAUCCUUCUUUCUGUUAUUCUCUCUCCUUAAGGAAUCUCGCGAAUGUGAGACAAAGAUGAAUGUUCUGACUGUUAUGUCUUUUAUUGUGGACAAAAUGAGCAAUAAUAUCUCCUCCCAAAUGGACAAUUUAAUCGAGUACUUGCCACUCCUGUGGGAAGAGAGUGCUAAUCACAAUAUGCUUCGUUGUGCCAUAAUUUCAACUCUGCUGCAAAUUGUGAAGGCUCUAUGUGAUAUUCCCGCAAAAUUGGCACCAUUUCUCUAUCAUGUCAUCUCAUUCAGCACAAAUAUGGAUGAGCCUUCGCAUGUAUAUCUUCUGGAGGAAGGAUUAGAAUUGUGGUUGAGUGUCAUUGAGAAUAGUAGUUUAAUGACACAAGAAUUAUUGCAAUUGUGUGGAAAUGUUCUUCCCAUUAUAGAGAAUUCUUCUGAAAAUCUGAGAACGGUGCUUUAUAUAAUCCAGGCUUAUAUUUUAUUGAGUCCUCAGGUAUAUUUGGAACGUCAUGGGAAGAAUGUUGUGUCAACGUGUGCCUAUCUCUUGAGUGAUAUGCGUCCAGAGGGUAUUUGUAUGAUUAUGAAGCUCUUUGAGGCAUUUUUGUGUGCAAAGCCCGAAUUUUCAAUUGAAUUGCUAAAGCCCGUUCUUCCAGAUGUAUUCAAGAAUAUAAUUGAAGAUAAGGAUUAUUCCUUGGUGAUGACAAUGUAUCUGUCGAUAAUGGCUCGUGUUUUGCUGAUCAAUCAAGUAGUCUUCAGUGAGGUUCUGCAAAGUCUCCAACUACCCAAUGCUUUAGCAGAUAUUUUGGAUAUUUGGAUUGCAAAAUCUUCACUUGUGACGCAGGCUGAUAAGAAGAAACUUCUCAGUUUAGCUAUGUCGAGCCUGCUGACAGCUCACAAUGAUACGAUCUUCGAGAGAUUUGGCUAUAUUAUUCUCAAAAUAUGUGAAACAAUGAAUGACAUUAUGAUGGAAUACUACGAGGAAUCAGGAGUUUGGGCAGAUUCUCUGGUAUUUACUGAGUCAAUGGAGUUUGACUCAAGUGAUAUGUGGUCAUUGGCUUCUGAUGUCGAGUUUGAGAGUAAAACGCAUCACUACGAGCGAUGUCGUCAGAUAGCUAUGGAGGAUCCUGUUCAUAAAAUUUCUCUCAAGGAUUAUCUUCAAUCACAAUUAUUCACACUCAAGACACAAAUAGGCAAUGAAAGGUAUCAAAACUUAAUGUUGUCUGUUGAUGCAAGUGUUCUCACCGAUUUAUCGGAAUUCAUCAACAUUGGAGUUACUAUUCCAGCAGCUACGUAAUUUAUCUAAAAAAAAAGAUACCUUUGCAAAUACCUAUCGAUAUAAAUUCAAUAAUCAACUAAAGAUACAAAUUCAUCUAAAUUUUAAAUGCUUUAUCUUUUUUAUGCAUAAGGGAGCAGGAUAUUGGAUAUACACAAAUUAUACCGGCGAGAAGUUCUUUUAUCUUUUGAAUUGUAAUCUUCAAGUAAUAAUUUUUACUACUUGUACGUCAUUUUAUCUUCAAAAUUGUUUUUAAAAAAAUAUUAUUACACAAUUUUUUAUGUUGAAUUUAUAGAGAGGACCUGCAAUUUGUUAUUGUGUAUUUGAAAGUUAGCAGAAAAUAAAACAUCAACGUAACAUACGUUAAGAA